AUGAAAUCGCGACUUGAAUUAACUAUGAGGAUACGACAGUUGGUGAUUAGUUUGUUGAUCCUGGUGGUGUUUGCGUUGGACAACUGGCCAACAUUGACAUUUGAUGCCCAAGUGGCAUUAAGAACUCAAAGAGAUAUUUCAUGGGGGAUUCCCAUCGAUCAAGUAGGAGGGUUCGGUGUUGACUUAUCAUCCAUGUUAUUUGAUAAAGAAGGUUAUUCAUAUUCAAGUACCACCUAUUUUGAUGCUUUAAUGACAGUGGGAGUAAGUUCUUUAGUAAUAGAUUUGUAUUGGAAUAACUUCACUUCCAAAUGGCAAUUGUGUCCAGCGCCUUAUCCAUUAAACCAGACGAAUAUGGCGGAUGUUCAAACUAUCAAUUGGAACGAUCAGACGUAUAAAUGUCAACCAAGCUUCACCACAGAUUCCAUAAUGCAGCAAAUAUCACAAUAUCUUGGAUCAACUAACACAAACAUGAAUGUUAAUUACUUGAAGUUAUUUUUUCGAUUGAACAAAUUCAAGUUUCCAACUCUUCUGAGGAAUUCUACCCUUAAUUGGGAUGAAACAUACGGAUCAAAAACUUCUCCUUAUAAGGAUUAUGGGAACGAUACUUUAUCAGAUACUUUACUGGGAAUAUCUUCGUUUAUCUAUACACCGGAGGAUUUACUGUCAUUUCAAUCUGCAGUCAAAUCAUCUCAAUCAACAGAUUUCUAUAAUAAAUCAUCGAAUCCUUAUCCUCGAUUUGAUACUUUCAUUUUCACCAAUUUGAAAAGAAUAACUCCCAUUGUAAUGUAUGACGAAGUCACUGGUGACGGAAGUUAUAAUUUUACUGAUGCUGAUGUUUCAACGUUAUUCAUUGAUGGUAAAUCAGUUAAUAUCACAUACGAAGAAUUGGGAAGUUCCGUGGCUGUGGAACAAUGUCUUUCCAAUGUAUUCAAUUUGAGUUCUGUCACUGGGGAUGAAUUAUUCAGAACACUUGCUUUGGAUUCUCCCUUCAGGAUGGUUUCUGAUAAUGAAAAGAUUCAUUUCAACGAUGCAAGUUAUAGGAGUUUGAUCAGAUGUGGAUUCACGCCUAUCUUGAAUUCCUCUUCCUAUGAGGCCAAUUCGAGCUCAAUCACAAAACUUGAAGAGAUUAUGGAUCAUUUCAUUCCAUUAUCCUUUUGGUCGUGGGGUUCAGAUCUAAUUAACUCUCCAAAUUCUGAUGAUUCUGACGUGGGUGAUAAUACGAUUAGUUCAGUCAUCAGUCAACAAAUAGCUACAAUCACAGAGGCACAGCUGACAACUAGUGAAGUUGAUAAAGAAGUGAAUGCAGUUUCAAGCGAUGAGAGUAAUAGAGCUCAAGAAGCUGAAAAAUGUGUGUGUGUGAAAGAUUUUGGUUGGUCUAUUGAAAAUUGUUACAACAGUUAUCCAUUUGCCUGUCAAAAUCAUGACAACCCUAAUGAUUGGGUAAUAGUUACUGACUUGAAGCAAUAUUUCAACGCUUAUAAAAGUUGUCCUGAUGGUUAUUCUUUCAGUGUACCACAUCUGAAUAUAGAGAUGUUAGCCUUAAUGAGUGAAGCUUCCAAACAUACCAAUCCAUUCCCAAUUUGGAUAGAUGUUAAUGAUAUUACUGUGACAAACUGUUUUGUUUCAGGAGGUCCAUAUGCUGAAUGUCCCUAUCAGAAUACUAUCUCUACCAAAGGACUUACAGGAAUGAUAGCUCCAAGUUUUGUGACUAUUGUAGUAGUAUUAGGAUUAUUAUUUUUGGAGAAAGUAUUUCGAACCAACCCUAUUCAAACCAACAAGAAACGAUAUUGGAAGCGUACCAUCAAUGAUCAUAACAAAAAAUUUGAUUAUGAAGGUGUACCAUCAUGA